AUGAGUUCUACUAAAGACCGCAUUUCCAUCGAUAAAAUGGAUGACAAGGACGAACCCGCUCAGCAUAUCGAAACGUUAGUCACUAUAAAUGUCGACAUAGAUGCGCUGGACAGUAUCGAAAACACAAAGUCUAGCAAAUACGCCUGGCUGGUGUCAAUUACUGCUGGAAUCGGUGGUCUUCUGUUUGGAUACGAUACUGGUAUCAUCUCCGCUAUUCUUGUAUACCUUGGAGACGACCUAGGCAAGGCAUUGGAUUCGAGCGAAGCGGAGCUCAUAACUUCAAUUACCUCCGGGGGUGCCUUUCUAGGCUCCGUUUUGGCCGGCUUAAUCGCCGACAAGUACGGUAGAAAAAUUCCUAUUGUGACGGGCUGCGUUCUCUUUAUCCUCGGUGCCAUUAUCCAAGCGACAUCGUUUUCAAUUCCUCAAAUGACUGUUGGUCGUUUGAUAGUUGGUUUCGGGGUUGGUUCAGCCGCGAUGGUUGUCCCGCUCUAUAUUGCGGAAGUUGCUCCAGCAAAGUAUCGCGGCCGAAUGGUUGGCCUGGACAACAUGUCAAUUACUGGUGGACAACUGAUUAGUUACGGUAUUGGCGCAGCAUUUGCAGAGGUUAGGAAUGGAUGGCGGUUCAUGGCAGGCCUUGGCGCUGUACCAGCAAUUGUGCUUUGCUGCCUGCUACCAUUUUGUCCUGAGUCUCCACGGCAGCUCGUAUAUCACAAUAAGCCUGCAGAAGCAGCAAGGGUGCUUGCUUUGAUUUUCCCCAAUGCCACUGAACAGCAGGUUCAAGACAAAGUGCAGCAUAUUACGUUUCAUGUGGAUCAGGCUAAGGCCUUGAAUGCGGAAAAGAGUCUUUGGGCUCAGAUAAAGCAGCUCUAUGUGAUUCCACGCAAUUUCCGUGCUAUGGUUGCCGCCUGUGGGCUGAUGGCUAUCUCCCAGCUCAGUGGGUUCAAUAGCCUUAUGUACUACUCAUCAACCAUCUUCGCACUGGUGGGUUUCAGUAACCCUGUAGCCGUCGGGGCUAUUAUCGCCGCAGCGAACUUCAUCUUCACCUGGGUCAAUCUAAUGGCAGUUGACCGUUUUGGGCGUCGUCGCAUUCUGUUGUGUACUAUGUGGGGAAUGGCUGCUGCCUUGGUUUUCGCAACGAUAUGCUUUCACUGGAUUCCAAUCAAUCACGACUUGACUCUGAAGACCAACGACGUCGGUUCGCCGGCAUACGUGCUUUUAGUAUGCAUGGUCGUUUACGUAGGCUUCUAUUCGACGGGAGUGGGCAGCACAGCAUGGCUGUCUUCUGAGUUCUACCCGAUGGAAGUUCGAGCUAUAGGAACAAUGAUGCUGACGAUGAGUUGCUGGGGUGCAAACAUUAUAGUUGCCUCAACGUUUCUCACUCAGAUGGAAAACACAACUCCCUCGGGUGCGUUUGGCUUCUACGCUGGCAUCUGCUUCUUCGGUUGGGUUGCCGUGUACUUCUGCUACCCUGAGGUCAAAGGAAUGACACUCGAAGAUAUACGUGAAGUCUUCAAGCAUGGCUUUGGAGUAAACUAUGCACGAAAUGUUCAAAGCGAAAUCAAGGAAAGACGCCGCGCUAUUCCAGGGGAAGAGCAGGCGUAG